CUAGGGCCCCCCACCAGCCUCUUCCAGCCGCCGCGGCGCCCAGGCCUGGGGACCGUCGGGAAACCCAUCCGCCUCCUUGCCAACCAUUUCCAGGUUCAGAUCCCCAAGAUCGACGUUUAUCACUACGACGUGGAUAUCAAACCAGAGAAACGGCCCCGCAGAGUCAACAGGGAGGUGGUGGAUACGAUGGUGAGGCACUUCAAGAUGCAGAUAUUUGGGGAUCGGCAGCCUGGCUACGACGGGAAGCGGAACAUGUACACUGCACACCCGCUGCCCAUUGGCCGCGACAGAGUGGAUAUGGAGGUGACGCUUCCAGGAGAGGGGAAGGACCAGACCUUUAAAGUCUCCAUUCAGUGGGUGUCGGUCGUCAGCCUUCAGCUGCUGCUGGAGGCGCUGGCGGGGCACCUGAACGAAGUCCCCGAGGAUUCGGUGCAGGCGCUGGACGUGAUCACCCGGCACCUUCCCUCCAUGCGGUACACUCCUGUGGGUCGCUCCUUCUUCUCCCCCCCUGAAGGUUAUUACCACCCCCUGGGAGGUGGCAGGGAGGUCUGGUUUGGUUUCCACCAGUCGGUCAGGCCUGCCAUGUGGAACAUGAUGCUCAACAUCGAUGUGUCGGCAACGGCUUUCUAUCGUGCCCAGCCCAUCAUCGAGUUCAUGUGCGAGGUCCUGGACAUUCAGAACAUCAACGAGCAAACCAAGCCUCUCACAGACUCCCAGCGUGUCAAGUUUACCAAAGAAAUCAGAGGUCUGAAAGUAGAGGUGACCCACUGUGGCCAGAUGAAGAGAAAAUACCGAGUUUGCAACGUUACCCGGCGACCAGCCAGUCAUCAGACGUUUCCUCUGCAGCUGGAAAAUGGGCAGGCUAUGGAGUGCACAGUAGCUCAGUAUUUUAAGCAGAAGUACAGUCUGCAGCUAAAAUACCCUCACCUUCCCUGCCUGCAAGUGGGGCAGGAACAGAAACACACGUACUUGCCGCUGGAGGUGUGCAACAUCGUGGCAGGGCAGCGGUGCAUCAAGAAGCUGACGGACAAUCAGACCUCGACCAUGAUAAAAGCAACCGCCCGAUCCGCGCCCGACCGACAGGAGGAGAUCAGCAGGCUGGUGAAAAGUAACAGCAUGGUUGGGGGACCCGACCCGUACCUGAAGGAGUUUGGCAUCGUUGUCCACAAUGAAAUGACGGAGCUGACGGGCAGGGUUCUGCCAGCACCGAUGCUGCAGUACGGAGGCAGGAACAAGACGGUGGCCACACCAAACCAAGGCGUGUGGGACAUGAGAGGGAAGCAGUUCUAUGCUGGCAUUGAGAUUAAAGUUUGGGCCGUUGCCUGUUUUGCUCCUCAGAAACAAUGCAGGGAAGACUUAUUAAAGAGUUUCACGGACCAGCUGCGCAAGAUCUCCAAGGACGCGGGGAUGCCCAUCCAGGGCCAGCCCUGUUUCUGCAAAUAUGCCCAGGGCGCAGACAGCGUGGAGCCCAUGUUUAAACACUUAAAACUGACCUACGUUGGGCUGCAGCUGAUCGUGGUGAUCCUGCCCGGGAAGACGCCUGUGUAUGCCGAGGUGAAGCGCGUCGGGGACACCCUGCUGGGAAUGGCCACGCAGUGCGUGCAGGUCAAGAACGUGGUGAAGACCUCCCCGCAGACCCUGUCCAACCUGUGUCUGAAGAUAAACGCAAAGCUCGGGGGAAUCAACAACGUGCUUGUGCCGCAUCAGAG